CUUUAUUAAAAAAAAAGAAAAAAACCCAGAAAAGUAAGCUCGCAAUUCUUCCAUAUAACCUCAGAUCUCUGCUAGAGACACUUGUCGCCUCCACCUGCAUAACACACACAAGGGUCUCUCAGUUCAGUUCUAAGAGAACUAAGACAGGUCGAGCUAAAAAGGUAACAAUUCGACCAGGAAGACGGCUGUUCUAGGAAGUUUUCGUGUCGACGCAGAUCGAGCUGUGAAAUGAAUUUCAGGAACUUUGAGGAUAUGCCACCAGGAGAAGGCACGGUGGCUAAGACACAAGGAAAUUUCACAUUGGCUAGACAGUCUUCUAUAUACUCUUUAACUUUUGAUGAGAUUCAGAACACAUGGAGUGGACUCGGAAAGGAGGUCGGUUCGAUGAAUAUGGAUGAACUUCUGAAGAACAUUUGGACUGCUGAAGAGUCUCAAGCAAUGACAUCUGGUGGUGGUGGUGUUGCUGCUGCUGGUGGUGGUGGUGGAGGUGGAAGCGCAAUUGGUGGGAACUUGCAGAGGCAAGGAUCGUUGACUUUACCCCGAACGAUUAGUCAAAAGACGGUCGAUGAAGUUUGGAAAGGCUUGAGUAAAGAGAACGUUAGUGUUGAAGAUGGCAGUGGAAUCGAGGCAAUGCCUCGGCGAGAACCGACGUUAGGGGAGGUGACUUUGGAGGAGUUUUUGGUUAGAGCAGGAGUGGUAAGAGAAGAACCAUUAAACUGUGGAUUUUAUAACCAAAAUGCUGGUUUGGCUGUUGGGAUGCUCAUGGAAAAUCAGAUGUCUGAGAACAAAAACAUGGUUUCUGUUCAUAAUCAAAAUGCUGUUCUUUUAGGGACAGGAGUGGUAAGGCCUUCUCAGCAGCAGCAGCAGCAGCAGCCACUUUUCCCCAAACCAGCUACUGUGACCUUUGCUUCUUCAAUGAAUUCAGUGAACAAUCCCCAGCUUACUAAUAACAUGGUUUUGUCUUCCAAGCCUCCUUUACAUGAAGCUUUGAUUCAGGGCAGCGGGGUCGGUGCGAUUGGUUUAGGCUCGAGAGGGGUAACGGUUGCUUCAAGAUCUCCUACGAGUACAAUAUCAUCUGAUGUGAUUACAAAAAACAGCAUAAGGACAUCUUCAUAUUCGCCAGUUCCAAUUCCGUAUUCGUUUGGCCGGGGACGACGAAGCAAUGGAGCUCUGGAGAAAGUUGUCGAGAGGAGGCAACGACGAAUGAUAAAGAACCGAGAGUCGGCUGCGAGAUCACGAGCUCGUAAACAGGCCUACACCAUGGAGCUUGAAGCAGAAAUUGCAAAACUCAAAGAAGUGAACCAAGAGUUGCAGAACACACAGAGAGAGAUAAUGGAAACCCAGAAAGAUAAGGUUCUGGAGAAGAUGAAAUGUCAGUGGGGUGACAAAAAACUCUGCUUAAGAAGAACAUUGACAGGCCCUUGGUAGAGGUACCAAGAUGAACAGCCAAAUUUAGUCCUAGUUUCUGUAACAAAUACAAAACCAGUGUGAACAAGCUUAGAUUGUGUGUUUCUGAUAUGAUUUCAAGCUUAUAGGUAGGUUCGUAGCUGUAAAUAACAAAGUUCGAGGUAUCGAUACGUAGAUAACAUAUAUCAAAAAGCAGAGAUGAGCUCUAUUAUGUAUAAAUGAACUUAUAGUAUUCUAAUGGUUGUAUGCUUGGACUUUCUA